AUGAGCGAAAUGCUGCAACAAAUGCAAGAGGAAGAGCUCACCGAGCAGCAGCUGAUCCACAAAGUAAACAAACUCUCCCGCCAGCCCAUCAAGUGUCCCAUCAGCAACUGCGCAGAGACCAUCUUUCCCACCAGCAUGCUCAUGCACAUGUGCCACAAGCAUGCGCCGUACACUGUGCACGCCGAGAUGUAUGAUCACUUGCCGCUGACUCUGAGCUUCGGGCCGGCGGAAAUGGCCAAGGAUGAAGUGAAGUGCGUCGCCACGCUGCUUUAUGGCGGCAUCAAGGACAGAGCGGAAACACAGCCUGGUCGCACCUACAUGAGCAUGCCCAAUGUGGAUCACUUCGAUAGUCGCGAUGAUGCCAGACUCAAGCAUUAUUUGCCAGUCAUGUUGCUGGCUUGUCGCACCACUUGGUUUGCCCAGCUGCAGGACAAACAGCUGGAACAGCACUUGAACCAGUUCCAGGAGAAUUACCCCGGCAUCUAUCUCUUCUGGCUGGCAGCGCCUGCCACCACACGCCAGCUCUACUACACGUUGACGGUGCACGAUCAAUUAUUCAGCCGCUCGCGCAGUGUGGUGCGUGCUGUGCGCAAUUUAUUGCAGCCACAAUAUCCGCACGAGUUUAUGCCACACGAGGAUAACUACUUGCAUCUCACCACUGGUGAGCUGGAACAGCUACUGACAUCGUCCACGGCCACCACUAAGAAAGGCCUGCAAAUGGAGCUGGUGUUGUAUGAGAAUCCGCUGGAGUCGACUAUGCUGAGCAAACAGUCGAAGGACUGCAUGCCCCGCAUUAAAGGAUCUGUGCCGCAGAGCAUUGCAAGAAAGCUGUCGCUAACCAAGAGGCCGCGUCACAACGCUAACUGAAUGUGUUUUACAUAAAUUGUACAAAAUUCAAAAAUAGCAAUCAAUUUGAUUGAUUAUUAUUAUGAGAGCUGACAAUAAAUAUAGUA